GGCGGGACCGUAUUUUUCACGGCCAGAGAUCGCUUCUUUGCCGACAAGCACCUUAGUCCACCGCCUUGAGUAACGGUCUAUUGUAUCAUGGAGGUAGAUUUCUACCUCCAUGAUUGUAUGAAAGGCUUUCUCACUACGUGUAGUUGCUGUAGUUGGAGUAUCAUUCAGGUCUUGUCUUGUCUUGGCGAGGCUAGCGGGCGGGUCCGUCUUUUUCACGGCCUGAGAUAUAUUUAUAUGAAAUGCUUUUUGACUACGCGUAGUUGCUGUAGUUGUGUAGUUUGCAGAGCAUCAGCCUUGGUGAGGCUAUCGGGCGGGACCGUCUCUUUUCACGGCCUGACUUCACUUCUGUACCGAUAGGCUCUUAGAGUCCACCGCUUAUAAGGAAGACAGCUUUGGUGAGGCUAGCGGGUGGGACCGUAUUUUUCUACGGGCUUCGCUUCUGUGCCGAUAGAUUCUACCACCAAAGUCCGUUGACAGGGCAGUGUCUAUUUACGGACCUACGUCGCUGAAUACCCGUGCAACUUGCAAGCACACAUUUAGAAAACGACGACCUGACCUUUCCCUCCACGCAUCAGGCUAAAGCUAUGCAUAUACCGUUUUGAACAGGCACCUUCCGGGUUAUAAACAUACUCGGUCAUACGCUGACUUGUGUUAUCUGCCGGCUAUAAAUCCCGCGUGAUUGGGGCGUGUUGUUCGGGAGCAGUCUGACUAUAGACUCCAAGUAGAGGUUUAAAAGGUUUAAAGUUUAAAACACGCCAAAAUUAAACCCAAACCUCUGCCUGGAUAGUAGUCUGUCCAGAUCAAUUGAUUUUCUGAUUUUCCAACCGAGGACAUUGUAUGAUUAUUAGCGUCCAAGUGUGAGCAUACGUCCUAUGAAUGAAUGAACUUUAUUUGCUCGACAGUUGUACAUGGGACAAUAUGUGUGACCGAUUAUGUGGAGUCAACAUAGCUGUGUUAAAGGGCGUGUUGUUCCACUGAAGUGGUACAAACAUGGAGGUAGAAAAACAACAUGGUACAAGUAAUAAACAUGGGGAAGCCAGCUUUCAGUGAGCAAAUUAUAACCACCAAACCAGUUGCCGCGGCGCGUAAGUUACUAAAACCAAGGACAUAACAUUGCUAAAACGUUGCUACAGGAAUACAAUUGUUUCAGACGUUGUUUCAUGGCUUUCAUACCAGUAAAAUUAUGGAUGUCGGUCGGACAAGUUCAUUUAACAGUGCGUGACGGGCUCAAUAUUGUACUCAAAAGCAACUAACGCGUUGUAUUCAUAUGCAUGUAUCACAUUCUGGGAAGCAGGUAACAGGUUAAUGUCGAUCCGAAUAAAGUUUCAAGUCUCACAGCCAUGAGGCCACUAGGUUUGAACCAGGAAACUGUAAGGUUUGAACCACGAAUACCAGGUAGGUACCCCACUCAUUUCAUUGUUUUCUAUAUAACACCGAGGACCAACGGUUUGUAACCUAUCACUAGUAUCAGAGAGAAAAGUAGGCAGCAGAAGCUAAAUACUUAAUAUAUUUUCUUACAUGUUGUCUGACAAGUAAUGUCUUGCACUGACAAGUAAUUUCCAAGCAAGGACGAAUAAGUGGGUUCGUUUAUCCUUAUCAAUAUAUGAGAAGCAGAUUUUAUUAGAUUAAUAUAUAAUAAGCAGAUCUUAUUAGAUUUGUCAACGCGACUAGUGCUUUUUUUACCUUCAUGAUCCUACAAACAACAAACAGAUUUUGACCUAGUGUGUGGAUGACAAGCAAAUUUCUCACUUAGUCGAUAAUUAGUCCUCUUUGGGGUGAAUUCACGGGACAAUGCCGACUGCACCCGAAUGGUAAUCAUGAGGGCUGUCGUGAGCCAUUUCACACCGUGAUGUAGUGCAUAUGGCGGAGGUUCUUUCAAAAUCACAAAAGGUGAAAAUGAAGUGCAGGCCUUGCACAAUGCAUAUAAAUUUCUGGCGAUGUUGUAUCCUAUGGCAACGACCAAUCAAGACAGAUAGAACGCUUGUGUGAAUCAGUGACUUUGCGGUGUUGACAGCCAUUCUGCAGAGUCUCACCAGAACACGGCAGAAGCCAGUAAGACAGUUAAAAAAUUGUUGGGAAACUUUCUUAUGCAUUUUCGCGGUAAUCAAGACUUUUCGCUAGGAUCAUCCAAGGAAUUCGAACAAGCAAGGGGGUUCAAUCCUCCUUGCAGGAACCAACGAGGUUCAACUUUUUGAACCUCCUUGCAGGAACGGACAGAGGAAAGCGUGAUGGCGUCCAAAGAGAGGUCGUAUGUUGAGAAAGAUGGCAUGAUGGGUUAUUUCAAGAAACACAAGACUGAGAAAGAUCCUCAGACUGGAAAAGCUGUGGAGGAAUUCAUUCCCGUUUCAAACUUCACCUUCGACAUUGUAGAGAAGGUCACAGGAGAUCAUGCAGGAUUUUUGGUGAAGCUGACAUGUCACCCAGGCCAGAAGACCGGGGUAAGGUACAUCCCAGUUGGUGCCAGGAGGGACACAUUUUGCAGUUAUGCAAAUCUCACAAUGGGGGACCAGGACUGGGGGUGCCUCACAACAAGCAUGCCAGACAUGUCAUUCAGAUCCAUGCUUGUUAGGAAGCAGCUGGAAUUCGAGAAAGGCACUCAGCUCAAGACAAGAAGGGGAACCACAGUCGUGGGGAAGGUGAAAGAUGAAGACAUUUGGAUAUUCAACGAUAAGGUCCAGAUAAAAGCUGAAGAGAAUGAGAAAGGGAAAAUGACUGUUUCACGAGUGCGGCCUGAUCAGCAACAAUAUAUCCUGUUGCCAUUGCAACACAAUGUGUGGACGGCAAAGAUUAGCCUGCCACUAUCCCUGUCACCAAUGAAGGAAGUUGUUAAGGUGAUGAGGAAAGCGUUCCAGCACAAUUUCAUGCCAUCCAUGUAUGUUAUGGGACAUGCAAACAUGUCAAUGCAUGCUGAGCUUGUGGCAAGCAGGUUUGACAGCUGCCCUGUGACAGUGGCAGUAGGGCCAAGCGGUCUGGGCAAGACCAUGGCGCUGAAGACUGCCCUCAGCAUGAUUGGUAUUGGUGAGAACGGCUACCUACGGCAGUUCAAAAGGGAGGCUGUGGUCUCCCUGGCCAGCAGGACAACGCUGGGCUGCUUUAUGGACGACCCACACACCUUAGAAUCCAGGAAAGAGGCAGCAGUCGACUUCUAUGGAAUGGGGGGCUUCUACACCCUGUCUAGGGGACUGGAGGCUGCAAGGUGUGGGUUUCUGAUGACUGCAAACCACCCUCUGGAGCACCACGAGGAGAGGGACCUGAGAAGGCUGCUCUACGUACCAUUUGAUGGGCGUAAAAUCAGUGAUACAGGUGGAGCAGAGGCCAGAGUACAGCUGAAGGAAUUGAGAGACCAAGAGCGCCUAUCAGCUUGUAUGCGGACUCUGGUCAUGACGGGGGUCACGUUCAGGGAAAAGGGCUGGAAGAAAGUGCUGAGACAGGGAGAGGAGUGGGCGAGAGACAACCCAAAUGUGUUGAGGGACACUCUGGUGAACUACAGUGUCCUACACUGGUUCACAUCCAAGAUUUGCCACAGGUUUGAAGUCCCCCAAGAGGAGGUGGACUCCUUUUGGAAGGAGAAGGUCCUGCCCUUUGUUCUGACACAUAUGCAGCAACCUACUAGUAGUUGCCUGGUGAACCAAGACCCACCAUCUGUGCUGGAGACAGUCCGGGCGGACAUUGCCAUGUGGAUAACCACAAGAACUUAUGAGGAGCUGAAGGAUGCUGUGAGGAUGAGUUCAAUGAAGUAUACGAAGAAGGGACCCACUCCACGGAUCAAAACCUUGAUGGUGACAAGUGAAGCACUGUCUGAAGCCUCCCCAGACUUCCCCCUGAGCACCAUUAAGGAGCAUUUGAAGGCCAGUGGUGAAGGAUUGCCAGAGACUGUUCCCUACAAGGUCAACAGGAGGAGCAAGCGAUUUGUAGGGUUCCGGUGGGAGAGUUUUACCAAGGAUCAACAAGAAAACAUUGAGAAAGCACUACGUGAUGAGACAGAAGAAGAAGAGAUGGAAACAGAUUGAACAAGGCAAUCAUGGUCUGGAGGAACAUUAGCAUGCCGUGUGAAUGAAGUAAGACCAUCAGACAUCGCCCAACCCAUCACGCAGUACAUGAUUGUAGUCUUCCUGAAGUUAAAAUUAUAACACUGACUCAUAUUUUCUUUCAAAGUAUAGUUUAUUGCAAACUGUUGAGAGCAUGAACUCCAUAUGCAAACAAGCAAAGAAAUAAAAAAGUAGGAUUAUUCUUUAUGCAUGUAUAACUAGAAACUAAAAGUUAACUACAUGUAGGAGGGAAAGUACUUCUAAAUGUGUGAAAAGGCACUAUGUUAUUUCAUUGAAGAACUUACUUUUCUUUGCAAAGUUCAGAUUUAACUAUCAUGAAAUAUGCUUGUGGCUUCCACGAUAUGCUUCGAAAUGUUUUUGCAUUCUUUAACAAACUUGUAGGAAGAAAAUAUGUUUAGUUUGUCUGUUCAAAGAGAACUUGGUUAAGUUGACAGGAAGUUGCCACUAAGUCUUAUUGUUUGAUAUAGAGUGUAAUGUAUUUCUGACCUUUAUCAUAUUUAAGAAAGUACAUCGUGCAUAAGAGAGUUAUGAUGCAUACAACAGAUAUGAUACAAACUAUUGUACUGAGGAUGACUGCACGUGGUAGGGUCAGAAGCACAUAUAUGGGGUAACACAUUUUGAUAAACCAACGUUUUAAGGAAGACUGAAUGUGCUUACUAAUAGUUGAUUUGUUUCAAACGCUUGACUAUGCACUGUGAACUUGGCUACCAAACAUACCUAGUAUAAAUAACAACUUACAGUAUGGUUGAUUAGAAAGCCUUUUGAUCCAUUUGUGGCAGCCUGGUAAAUAAUCUCAACAAGCUAUCUUAUGGGACCAGGUUGUUUACCUGCCAUUAGUGUUAAGUGCUACUGAGCAUAUCAAGACCCUCAGCUAGAGAUUAUGAAUAUUUUAUGUCAUAAUUCAUAAGCGGUUUUGACUUGUUAGUUUUGACUGGUUAGUUUAGCAGCAGUGUUGGUGUUUGUCCUGAUCUGCAUAGGAGAUAUUAAUUGGUGUUUGUCCUGAUCUGCAUAGGAGAUAUUAAAGGAAACUGCCAAGGAAUGUAGAGUAUGUUUGAGUCAUCCUUAGUUUACAUUAAUUUUGUAUAUUUACUGUUUUUCAUGCCUUGAAAUUCCUAUUGUCCCAGCACUGUCCCAAAAAUAAAUUUCAGCUGUCCCGAAGUGAGGAUGAACUGUCCCAACCUGUUUUUGGGGAAGUAUUGACUUCAACUUGAAGUCAACUUGCUUAUAUUCACUCCCAAGUGCACUAUUAUUGCAGAAUAGACUAUCACAGAAAAUUUCUGGGGACUUUUCCGGAGUCAAAAGCCAGGACGUGUGCCUUAUAAACAAAAGAAGGGCUGACAGUCUGAUGAUAACUAUUUUUCUAUUGUCCCCAGAAUGUCCCAAUGUGUCUUUUUAGUUGUCCCAGUCUAAAUUCUGUGGUCAGUGGCCACUGGACCACCUUUACUUUCAAGCCCUGGUUUAUCCUGUCCUGACCAUAAUUUUACAACAACAUUGAUGCAAAAAAAACUUUACCUUGAAUGACUUUACCUGAGGUGUUGACUAUGAUUUGCAACAUUUACAGCAUUCAGACUGAAGCAUGUUAAAAUUGUUCACAUUUUUUAGUCAGGCUACUACUUGCAGGUUCAUUACAUCUAAUCAACAAUCUACACUAACUUUCUUGUAAAAAUAUUCUGGUUGUAGUGGGAUGCUCACUGGGCAACAACUGAGGUAAACACUUUGGAAGGAAAUUUCCUUGAUAUGCAAAAGUCUUUGGCCAGCAAUGGUGAAGAAAGAGAACAAAAUGGAUGUGCUCAUAAUGCUGCAUUACAUUUCUGUUCCAAGUGUUAUUAGAUACGAAUAUAUGCAAUGCCUUGUACUUUAUCAAAAGAAAAGGGUAAAUCUUUCCACAAAUAUAUUCGACUAAACUGCAAGCAGACUUCUAAUACAUUAUUACAGUCCAUGACCUUCAGAGAUUGAAACAUAUAAUAAUUUGCUAUGUGAUGUGAUUGCAAGACUUUAGUAAAAAGUUACACUUUGACAAAAACAAUCACAAGAAGUAACGGCCUCGUAGCAUGAAAUUAGCAUUCAAAAAGCGUGUUGUUGCAUUCUUUGUAAGACAUGCGUGUAUGACAUUUCACUUACAAAUUGACAUCUAUUAAUGAACUGAUGGUUACUUUGUGCAUAGUCUUAUAUCUUGAAUUUUUGUUAGAAACAGCUAAAUUCAUUUUACAGUCCCUAACCACAAUUGCUGGACUAAAAGUUCUAAAGGCAUCCAGUGCAAUUUUCAUGGCGGCAAAGUUGUAGGUUAUUUCCUAAUACCAUCCUACAUGUACAUGUUUACAUCAGAUUCAGUUUUUCAUACUUUUAUAGCAUUUAUUAAGACCUUUUCAAGUAAACCCCAAGAUGUAUCCUCUAUUAUCUGGGUACUACCCUAUAAAUCAGCCUAGUAGGAUCAAUCGGUAACCAUUUUCCCCCAUUCCAACAAUUGCUGAGUAGUAUUUGCUCCAAGAAUGCCAAAUACACAUGAGGAUAGUGCUGUUUCAACUUAGUGUGUACAUAAUUCACUUAGAUUUCGAAAUAUCUGAUUUUCAAAUCCAUAAAAUGCAUUGGGCACCUUUUUCCAACAUUCACUUCUGACUAUUUGCAUUGUAUUGUGCAUUAAAUCUUGCAUCUCAGCACUCAGAGGCAUUUAUAAAUGGCUGCUUUGCAAUGUUGGCAUGCGAUUUUCAUCUGAUUCAGUAUUUUCAUCAAGUACAUGUAGUGCCAUCAAAAACAAUGGUGUACUAAAUCAGAUGUAAUUCAGUGGUGAGAAUUUAACAGCUUCCUCACUUUCUUGUAACAUUAAGACAUGAACUAGCUUAAUCAAGGGAUGAAUUGAUCAACCACAGAAAUAAAAUAUUAUUCUGUCCUGACUGCCAGACUGAUGCAUGGAAAAUGUAGUUUUAAAUGGUCUGGAUGAUGUACUGGGGGCCUCAAGAGCCCGGUUUGCAUGGAAUUCAAGCAUGUGGUUAUUUUGUAGGUUGGUGGGUGAAUCUUAGAAAUCUUAAAAGAACAGUGGAUAGAUUGCGAGACAGUGUUUUUGGUACGUCAACAUACAAGUCGCUCUGAGUCUGAGCCUUUGCAUUUUAGUGAGCAUUUUGUAAUACCCUUAAUCACUGGGCAGCUCAUAGACCUGGAAUUGUGUCAGCUGUCAGUUUCAUCUAUAUACUUAAAAUAAUAGACCAUCUUAUAACAUUAUCUAAACAAUGUGCUACACUACACAGCAACACAACCCACUGCUUCAUAUGUCCCAUGAUUCAUGGACACUGCAGUGCACUGUUCACUUCAAAUUUUCCUUGACAACCAACUCACUAAAACAUGCAUGACAAACUGUUCUACAAAUAACAAAAUUGAACAUUACAUGUACUGUGUGUAACAAAAGCCUAAUUCUGGCAUUAUAUUUUCAAACCCUUGUCUUCAUGCACCGUGUCAUGACAAAAUAACUAACACAAUUGUCCAGCAACGUGAUGAGGGGAGAGGCUUCAAGACUAUGGUAAUAAAAUUUGAAAGACUUCCCUGAACACUUCAAUCACAACUUCUUAAAGUACCCGAUGUACAUCAGAUGUACAUGUAAAAAUAAAGAAAUAAAGAAAAAAGAAUAAAAAAGUACCAUCAUUUAACAACAUAAUGCUAAUUAUAGCCUUAUUUACAUAGUCAAUGACACUAGAUAAAACACAUAUUUACAAAGCACAAUAGGGUAUGAGACCUCCAAACUCUGUCUUACAUGAAAGACUUAAAGAAGUACAAUGUAAGUUCAGUUACAGCAAGUUUAGCACCACCAGUUCCAUGCCAUACAUUGUAAUUGAGGUAAA